AUGAAGAAACGAAAAGUUGGUCAAAUAGACAACUCUACUCAUCCAUCAAUUGUUCAACAGCAUACUUUAUUACCUUUGUUACUUUCAUUACCUUCUGAUACCAAUCAUCUAAAAAAAAUACGUCGCAUUACUACGAAUGCAGAGAAAGCUAUACUUAACCAAUUAUUUGAAUUUGGAGAAAAACCACCUGAAAUUGCAAUAUUAAAGUAUUAUCAGAACUUCAAACUGUCUCUUCAGACUAGACGACUGAAAGAGUCAAACAAUAUUGGAGAAAUAACUCCCACAAGAUUCAAAAAUAAAGUAUAG